AAAGAUGCAGUUUCACUCUUGUUGCCCAGGCUGGAGUGCAAUGAUGCAAUCUUGGCUCGCUGCAACCUCCGCCUCCCGGGUUCAAGCGAUUCUCCUGCCUUAGCCUCUCAAGUAGCUGGGAUUACAGGUGCCUAACACCAUACCCAGCUAAUUUUUUGUGUUUUUCAUAGAGAUGGGGUUUCACCACGUUGGCCAGGCUGGUCUUGAAUUCAUGACCUUAGGUGAUCCGCCCGCCUCGGCCUCCCAAAGUGCUGGGAUUACAGGUGUGAGCCACCGCGCCCGGCCAAGGAUCUGGGCCAUUUAAGUGGAGUCUUGAAGGAUGAGUAGGCGUUAGGCACAGACGCACAGAGGCAGGCAAAGCCACAGGCUGUUGGUUUAGGCAAAAAUUGAGACUGGCUGGAUAAAGUGGUCUUGGGGGACCAUUACCAGAGAGGAGGCGCUGGAGGUCUGCAAGGCCUUGUCCUGCCCCUCCAGGGGUAGAGGUUCCAGGAGGAGCUGACUCUUUCUCCUGGAAGCCUCACAGAACCGCAGACCCCACGGACGGCUUGGUGUUGCCAACAUGAGGCUUCUAAGGCUUCUGCGGGGAGAUGGGUUGGUGGGGAGAAGCUGGGGGUGGGAGUGGACAGGACAGGGUGUGGGGACAGCUUUGGGAGCUAUGCUAGGCAAGGACAAGGGGCAACUCUUGGGGGGAGUCACCCAGAGGGAUCUUGAAUGGUGCUGAAGGCCCCCGACAGCCCUCCUGCUAUAGCCACUGUAGCUCUGCCUGCACCUGGGCCUUCGCUCUGCUGUCGUCUCACCGGCAGGAGUCUGGCUAAAGGGGCAUCCCUCAGCCCUACUCCCUCAUCAGUGUUCCCAGUACCCACUCCCUGGCACUUCCACUCCUAGAGGGAGGAGGCUGAGCAGGCAGAGAAUGGGACGUGUCCCCUCAGAGGAGCCUCGAGCCCAGUUCCAGUCAGCGGCCCACUCAGUGAGGUGCUCAAGUACCCACGUCCCCCGCCAGCUGCCAGGGUUCCCUCUCCUCCCUCCGUCCCUCCCCCCAUCUGGGGAGCCCAGCGGUACUGAGGGGGCGGAACGAGGCGGGGCCACCGAGCGGUUAUAGCUGGGCCUGCAGGGGACCCACGGCUCGCUUCCAGCCUCCUGCGCUCCGGUACCUGGGCGUCCCAACUCCACUGCGCGCCCAAACCCAGCCGAGCCGGUUCGUGGCCCGCCCCGCCGGGCGGCCGUCGACGCGAGCGCCCUGGCGCGGCGCCCAGGGGAGCGGGGGGCUCCCGCGAGCCGGCCGCGGCUGGCACUGCUGCUGCUUCUGCUCCUGCUGCCGCUGCCCUCCGGCGCGUGGUACAAGCACGUGGCGAGUCCCCGCUACCACACGGUGGGCCGCGCCGCUGGCCUGCUCAUGGGGCUGCGUCGCUCACCCUAUCUGUGGCGCCGCGCGCUGCGCGCGGCCGCCGGGCCCCUGGCCAGGGACACCCUCUCCCCCGAACCCGCAGCCCGCGAGGCUCCACUCCUGCUGCCCUCGUGGGUUCAGGAGCUGUGGGAGACGCGACGCAGGAGCUCCCAGGCAGGGAUCCCCGUCCGUGCGCCCCGGAGCCCGCGCGCCCCAGAGCCUGCGCUGGAACCGGAGUCCCUGGACUUCAGCGGAGCCGGCCAGAGACUUCGGAGAGACGUCUCCCGCCCAGCCGUGGCCCCCGCAGCAAACCGCCUUGGCCUGCCCUGCCUGGCCCCCGGACCGUUCUGACAGCGUCCCCCGCCCGCCCGUGGCGCCUCCGUGCCUGACCCAGGAGGAGUGGCCGCGCGCUUCCAGGAGCCGCUCAUAGACCCCGCCUGCCGUCCGGUCAAUAAAAUCCGCCUGACUCCUGCGCCCCCGCAUGCGA